GACUUCAAGUGUUGAGCGGUUGGUAGAAUGUGGUUGUUUGUUGGGAAUGUAUGUAGUGUUUCUUAGUUUGUGUGAACACUCGGAUAUCGAAGCUCAGUAACUCAGCUGCUGGUGUUUUUCAAUUUGCCGUGAUCGAAACAUGGACUUAAGCACAAGAUAUAUCCUAGCUCAUUAGUAGUUUUUGAAACAAAUUGGUAUACCUGGGGUAUCGUUUGCCUUUUUGGGAAUCCAUUGAUAUAUCCCUAGUUGAAGUGGGAUCGAGCGGGUGAUAUAGCCAGCAGAUCACAGAAAAGUAACAAAGAUGCCUAGUGUGACUACAACAAGUACUGUCAGUUCAUCAGGAGUUCGUUUAAUGCGUAAAACUUCAUGUACUGGUACCAACGAUCAAGCUACUAAUUCUUCGUUUCAACAUAAUCCUGACAGAAAAUCACUAAGAGAUCAACCAAAUGUAGGGAAAUAUAAGUUAAUUCGUACACUUGGUCGUGGUAAUUUUGCAAAAGUCAAAUUAGCACAACAUGUUUCAACUGGGCGUGAAGUUGCUGUGAAAGUGAUCGAUAAAACUCAGCUUAAUCAGGCCAGUUUGAAGAAGCUAUUCCGAGAAGUGAAUAUUAUGAAAAUGUUAAAUCAUCCAAACAUCGUUCGCUUAUAUGAAGUGAUCGAAUCUGAGCGUCAUGUAUAUCUAGUCAUGGAAUAUGCAGAAAAUGGCGAAGUAUUUGAUCACUUAGUAGCUCAUGGUCGAAUGAAAGAACGUGAAGCACGUGCUGCAUUUCGUCAAAUUGUUUCAGCAGUUGAAUAUUGUCACCAAAAGAAAAUUGUACACAGAGAUUUAAAGGCUGAAAAUCUUCUCUUCGAUGGAUAUUUUAAUAUUAAACUUGCCGAUUUUGGUUUCUCCAAUCUUUUUGAUGGAUCUAAAAAAUUAGAUACUUUUUGUGGUAGUCCACCAUAUGCUGCACCGGAAUUAUUUCAAGGACGUAAAUAUGAUGGUCCAGAAGUGGAUGUAUGGUCAUUAGGUGUAAUUUUAUAUACACUUGUCAGUGGAUCAUUACCAUUUGAUGCACAACAUUUAAAAGAUUUACAAGAACGUGUAUUACGUGGCAAAUAUCGUGUUCCAUUCUAUAUGUCAACUGAUUGUGAAGCAUUACUUCGUAAACUAUUGGUAUUGAAUCCAGCCAAAAGAGUCACAUUAAGGAAUGUCAUGUCUGAUAAAUGGUUGAAUAUUGGCUAUGAAGAUAAUAUUUUAAAACCAUAUACUGAACCACCUCCGGAUUAUAAUGAUACAGAGAGAUUAGAAAUUAUGCGUAUUAUGGGUUAUCGACCAGAUGAUGUUCGUGAAGCUUUAAUUAAACAAAGUUUUAAUAAUGUCACUGCAAUUUAUCUAUUGUUAGCUGAUCCAAAAACAAGAUUAACUUUACCAGCUGGUAGUCUUUUUCCAUCUAAUCAAUCAGAAUCAUUAUAUGGGACUACAGGACUUAAUCAUCAUCAAUCAUCUUGUUCCGAAGGUGUUACAAUUGCUGCCUCGUCUACUCCUGCUACUGUUACAGAAGAUGAAACUACUUCAUCAUCAAAAUUUCAGUCUUCUUUAGACAAUCCCAAUGGGAAUAAUAAACAGAAAACUAAUCAAAAUGGAUUAACGUACCAGAAUAAAAAAGAAUCUGGACAAGACGAUAGUGGAUCUCAAUAUAAUGGAGUACGACGGAUCAGUGGUAUCUCUUGGAUGAAGCAAAGUGCAAGUGCGGGUCCAACAUCAAAUAGGCAAGAGAAAUUGAGUGUAGAUGAAAAAUCUCAUCUGCUUCCACGUAUUCGUGUAUCUGACCUACGCGAACGUCCUAAUGACUCUAAUCUGGAUGAUUCUACUGGUCAAGAUAAAAUCGAUGAAAGUAAAGAUAUAAUGAUAGAAUCCUCUAGUGGUGGUGAUCAGUUAUCUGUACGACGUAUGAAUACUUUUAGUAUGUCAGAUAAGGUUCGCCCGAAUGGCUCAGAUUCCCAGUCACCUGGUUUGAAAUGUCCAUUGUCUAGAGCACCACCAAUGUCAAAUAUACCAAACUCACUAACUACUCCAACAACUAGUAGUAGUGAAAAUUCACCGAUCAAACAGUCAGCUGACAAGUCUUCUUCGUCAGCAUCAUCUUCAUCAUCGUCACCUAGUAAACAGAAUGGUAAUGAACAACAAACAAUUAAAUUAAAUCCAGCUGUUCCAUAUUCAGAAGAGAAUCCAACACUUCCGUAUCGAAAAAAGCAUAAAGAUACUUCAAUCCAUUCCAAGCCUAAAACAACAACUUUACCCAUUACUACCAAUAAUACUAUUAAUAGUAGUAGUAAAGUUUCUUCGAAUGAUACUAAUUCUAUCAUUGAUAUUUUACAUACGAAUGAUCGACAAAAACAACAACAAAGUGAUGUAAAUCGUCCAAGUAUUCCUUAUUCUUUAUUUAAUAUUAAUAAAACUAAAAAAUCGAAAAAAUUAUCAACAAAUCAAUCUGAUGAUCAUCAGAAGAGUAAUAAUGUGAAUACGAAAAUACCUGGAUCAUUCACUUUCACUGAUAGUCAUUCUUCAACAAUGGAUCCAACAUCUUCAUCGGGUACAAUGAAUUCUGCGAAAAUUACACAACAACACAAUAAUAAACAGUCUUCAUCACCUAGUGGUCGGAUUGCAUUGCCUGAUUCAAUUUUCAAGGCACUUGAUACAUUGAACACAGAUGAGAAGACGCUUAAUGAUGAUAGGAAAAAAUCUGAUUCAAAAUCACAUGGUUUUAAAUUACCCACAACAACGGCAUCGUUAAAAAGAGAUUCAAUUAUUAAAUGGUCAGUACGUCAUCGACCAAACAAUACUGUGAUGACUACAACUAACAAUAUUCCAUCUAUUGCUGAGUCGAAACAGGUGACAACAAGCAAGAAAAAUGUGGAUCCAAAUCAAAAUAUCAAUUGUUCCACGGAAUUAAAGGAUUAUUCAGAUUCUUCAAGGACUUUAGAAACUCCGUCAACUACAGUUUCAUCUAGUCAUUCUCGACCAGGACGAUUCUUCCGUAGUCUAACAUUAAGGAUAGCUCGAAGUUUUCGAUGUGGUCGUUUUAAGUCAGGGAAGGACAAGAAGAAUUGUACUUGUUUAUAA